GCUAUUACCUUGGCAGCCGAAAUCGACAUCGAAGACAGAGGUGGUGUAAAUCUUGAAGUCAAACACAUAUUUACACUAUUAGCUCACAUUAUUAAUUCAAUUUGUAGAGAUCGUGUCAUUCAGGAAACUUAUACAUCGUCGUCACCUAGUGCCGAAUCGUCUAGUAUGGCCAAUGCUAGAGGUUUUGGUGCAACAAGAAGAAGAUAG